AUGCAUCUGCAUCGGCAGCAACACGAAUGCACUUCUGCAGGCAGAGUCACCGCCCAGUUACUGCUCUCGUUUCUCGCCUUAACACCUACUGUUGUUGCCUCGGCGAAAGAUGCCCCUGCAGUAUGGAUGGAACAGGAGGAUGGCCGCACAGAAGAGGUCGAUAGACCCCUUGUUGUUCGAGAUAGCUCCAUGCAUAUGCAUCGAUUAAAGGAUAGACGGCCGUCUGUGGUAGAUCCAAGAGUGGCUGCGGCCAGAGAAUACACUCAAGUAUGGGACUCACCAGAAGAUGAAUGGACACUCGACAACAUCAGCGGGCCCGACAUUACAGAUGUAGGGACUGUUUUGACCUUUGCUCAAAUGGCGGCAAAUGCGUACGUCGACACGCCAGACACUGGAGACUGGAAGGAACCUGGAGGAGGAUUCAACAGAACUGACGAUAAUGGAUUUGGUUGGGAAAGCGACGGUCUCCGAGGGUACUUAUAUGCUGACGAGACAAAUUCCACGAUCGUGAUAGGAGUGAAGGGAACGACCUUGGCAAUAUGGGAUGGAGACGGAACAACUACGAACGAUAAGGAGAAUGAUAACCUUUUCUUCAGCUGUUGCUGUGGCCAGCAAGGAAGUACGUUUUAUCGUCAAGUAUGCGACUGUGCUUCAGGCACGUAUACAUGCAACUUGACUUGCCUCAGGAAGAGCCUUACCAAGGAGAAUCGGUACUAUGCUGCAGGACGGUAUCUCUACCAGAAUGUGACAGCUAUGUAUCCUAAUUCUCAGGUUUGGUUGACGGGACAUUCUUUGGGAGGUGCGGUCAGUGCUCUGAUUGGGCUCACGUACGGCUCCCCGGCUAUCACGUUUCAGGCUGUCCCGGAUGCUCUACCGGCGAACAGACUCGGUCUUCCCGUUCCUCCUGGAGUCGAUCCCGAUAGACCAGGCCAACGCGAGUUCACCGGUGGUUUCCAUUUCGGUCAGAAUGCUGAUCCCAUUUUCAUGGGAACUUGCAAUGGAGCAACCGCUACGUGCUCAUAUGCAGGCUAUGCACUAGAAAGUGCGUGCCAUAGCGGCAGAGAGUGUGUUUACGAUACUGUCAAUGCAAACGGCACCAGAGUUUCCAUCAUCACGCACAAGAUUAUUUGGGUCAUUGAGAAUGUGAUUAAGAAGUGGACAGUUGCUCCAGAAUGCAAAUUUACACCAGAAUGUUAUGACUGCCCCCUUUGGAAGGAAGUCACUGGCAAUAGCAGCAAGACUGCAACAUCGCCGCCAUCGACAUCUAGCAAGACGAAAACCAGGACUCGAACAGCGACUUGUCAGACGCCUGGAUGGUGGGGAUGCCUGGAUGAGACUACCACGACCGGUUCAACCUCUACCAGCAGUGUUACAACUACAUCGACCUCGACCUGCAAAACUCCAGGCUGGUUUGGAUGCAAUGAUGAGAAGACUACCGCGACCAGUAAAUCGAGCUCGACCAUACCCACCGCUACGUCGACGUCGACUUCCUCAACGUCGACCUCUACAUGUAAAACACCAGGAUGGUUUGGGUGCAAUGACCCCACAUCCAAAUCAUCUCCAUCAAGCUCAGCAAGUUCUUCAUCCACUGCAACAUGCGAGACACCGGGACGAAUCUGGGGAUGCAAUGAUCAGACAACAACGACGACUGCCACUCAGUCACAUGCUAUCACAUCACCUCCAGCGUUUCCUACUCCUACGUCUGGUGUACCGGACGAUGUUGAGCCAUCUCAUUGCGUCAAGAGAAGCUGGUUUGGUUGGUGCAAGGAAUGGUCGGUACCAUUUGUAUGGAAAGAGGACAUUUAG